GCCGAAGCAGCUGGUUGACUGGUUGAUGGUGGAGCUGCCUCUCGCGACCCUGUCCUUCAUGACACCUCUGUGCAUCUCCGCUCUCUUCACUGCGGCCCUGCGACACUUAGUGAGCUAUUGAGGGUGUAUAUGACUUUUUGGAGGCAUGGCCUGGUCUGGGAACUCCACGCCUUCCAACAGCGCCUUCUCACGCCUGCGCAAUGUCCGUGACCCAGACCUCAGUUCCUCAGAAGAAUGUCUAGUCUAUACCCCAGCCCCUGGUGGAGGAAAUAAUGGUGGAGGAACGGCACACAGCUUCAUUCCCCAUUCUGUAACCACAUCUCCUGGGAGGCCAUCGAACCACCAAGCAAAUAUUGCUCACUCGUCUCCCUCACCCCUUCCUUCAGGAAGUAGUACAGAGAGUAGCGCUUCUGCUCCACCACCAUCCCCAGCAUCGCCACCUUCGCACCCGAGCCAUGUUAGCGUGAACAGCACAGCCGGAUCACUGAGGAGGGCUGGCAUCCCCCAAUCCCCUGUAGUCCCACACCCAGUUAUUGGCCCCCCCAAUAACCCUGCAAUCCUCCCACCCUACCUCCCCUCACAGCCCCCUGCCUCCCCCACAGGCUUACCCCCUGCCGGCCCUCCUGUUGCCCCUCCUGGUGCCGCCAGUCCUCCCUCUCCUCCUCCUCCUCCCCCUCCGCCGCUGCCUCAGCCAGCUUCAGCACCUCUGCCAUCACAGGUACCAUCCUCAUGCACCACACCACCACCACCUGCUUCAGCCAAUACCACAGGCACCACAACUACCAGCAGCGAUCCAGCCCAAGUGUCCAAUGCGCCCUCGGGUGGUUGCAAUAACCCCCCUGCUACCACCAGUACCAAUACAUCCUCUACUACUACCACUAGCACAGCUACUCCUGGCACCAAUAAUGGAGGACCCAUGUAUAACUGGCAAGCCACCAUGACUACUGUUAAGGAAAGAUUUGCAUUUUUGUUCAACAAUGAAAUAUUGAGUGAUGUUCAUUUCCUGGUCGGCAAGGGAGACUCAAGGCAACGUAUUCCAGCCCAUAAAUUUGUGCUGGCAGUGGGCAGUGCUGUUUUUGAUGCCAUGUUCAAUGGGCAGUUAAGUACCCAUCAGGAUGAGAUUGAACUGCCAGACGUGGAGCCACAGGCCUUCUUGGCACUCUUGAGAUUCUUGUACAGUGAUGAGGUGCAGAUUGGGCCAGAGACGGUGAUGACUGUAUUGUACACGGCAAAGAAGUAUGCAGUUCCAGCUCUUGAACAAGCCUGUGUAGAUUUUCUCAAGCGUAACCUCUCCUCAGAUAAUGCAUUUAUGCUUCUAACUCAGGCUCGACUCUUUGAUGAGCCACAACUGGCUGCCUUGUGCUUGGAGACAAUUGACAAAAACACUGAAGAUUCACUAGCAGCUGAAGGGUUCACAGAUAUUGACCAUAAUACCCUGUGUCUGGUGCUAGAAAGAGAUACCUUGAGGAUUCGAGAGGCCAAGCUGUUUCAAGCAACAGUCAGGUGGUCAGAGGCAGAGUGUGAGCGUGAGGGUUUACCUGUAACUAGUGCUAAUCAGAGACAAGAGUUAAGCAGAGCUCUGUCUCUCAUUCGUUUUCCUCUCAUGACUGUGGAAGAGUUUGCUCAGGGACCAGCACAGUCAGGCAUUCUUACGGACCGUGAGGUUGUCCAGCUCUUUCUCCACUUCACGGUCAACCCAAAACCCCCGGUCAACUUCCUAGAUGUUCCAAGAUGCUGCAUGACCGGCAAGGAACAGACAGUGUGUCGUUUCCAGCAGAUUGAGUCCAGAUGGGGGUAUUCUGGAACAAGUGAUAGAAUUAGGUUCAUAGUUGACCGUCGCAUAUUUGUAGUGGGUUUUGGAAUGUAUGGAUCCAUCCACGGGCCGUCAGAGUAUGAGGUGACCAUCCAGAUCAUCCAUACAGCCACAGGAAAGGUGUGUGCAAGCAACGACACAAACUUUACAUCUGAUGGUUCUGUGAAUACAUUUCGUGUCAUGUUUAAGGAGCCCGUUGAGGUGCUGCCCAACACUAACUACACUGCUUAUGCUACACUGAAGGGCCCAGAUUCUCACUACGGAACCAAAGGAAUGCGUAAGGUGGCGGUGGAAUGUCCAUCAGGUGACAGAGCAACCUUCCAGUUCACAUAUGCAGCUGGAAACAACAAUGGUACAUCCGUUGAAGAUGGACAGAUCCCGGAAAUCAUCUUUUACACUUAGAUGUGAUAAAAGAAUGGAGAACCAAGAAAGAAUAAUGGUUGUGUAAUAUAGUUGAUACGUAUCCCAAUCCCUGCAGAAGAUUCAUUUGCAGAUUUAUUUAGUUAGUCAUUGUUUUUCCUCUUCCUUUUUUUUCUUUUUUUAUUUCUUUCUUUUUCUGUUUUUUUUUUUUUUUUAUCAGUUUUUUUUUUUUUUUU